GAACCUUGAACGGUGGAGUGACUCAUCCAUGCGGCCAUGCCGCUGGUUAUGCCAGCACUGCGCAAACCCUACACGGUGGAGGAGGUUAUGAAGCACAACACUCCUUCGUCUCUCUGGGUCAUCAUGAACCGCAAGGUCUACGACGUGACUGCCUUCCACAAGAAGCAUCCGGGAGGGCCAGGUGUCUUGCUGCAGAUGGGCGGGAAGGACGCCACCGCCGCGGCGGCGGCGGCCCACAAGAGCAUCCUGCCGGCCAACCUCAUGUGGGAGUUCUGCGUGGGCUACAUCGUCAGGGUGAAGCCCCAAGAAGAGGAGAAGAAGGUGACGAAGGCGAACUCCGCCAGCUCAGACCCCGCGCCCAAGGCGCAGGUGAAGAAGCAAAAGAAAGCAGCAGCGGCGGAAGAACAACAGGCUGACGCGGCCGACCGGGAGAAGCGGCGCUCGCCUCCCGCCUUUGUGGCGGAUGUGGAAAAGAUUCUCAGCCGCCCGGUCACCGCCUCACAGAUGAGGUCUCAGGACUCCAUGGAGAAGCUGAAGUCCAAAGCACAGGGCGACAUGAUGCCGCACAGCGACGGAUCGCCCCCCGCGGAGGAUGGCAAGCUGGAACGAACCUUCACCACCAUCAUGGAGGAGAUGGAGUCAGAGUUGGUGGCCCUCUCGGACGAGGAGGCGGUGAAGAAGGAGCCGGCAGUGCCCAGCGGGGGCCUACUGUGCUUCCUGAACAGCGGCUGCUGGAGCACAGGCACCACUCCCAACCAACGGGUGCCGGUCAUCGGAAAGGCGUGAGCGCGUCAGCGCAGUUUCACCGCGCGAAGCUUCACCACGCUCUUCGCGCUGGGAGCAGCGCGCGCGCGCGAGCCUCUUUGGACGAGUUCUGAAUGCUUUCUUUGCGGCUCGUUCACAAAUCCCCUCAAACCGCUCCCACCCCGAGUCGCCCGAAGCUUUCCGGCGGAAUUCGUUGCUGGUUUACCCAGCCUCGCUGGUUGGCCCGGGCGUCGAAGGCCGAAGAGGCCCUCCAGAAAUCCACGAGGAGGUUACUCCAG